GCUGAAGACAUCGGCGAAUAUUGCGCAAACUUGGCGCUAAGUAAACAAAAGUAAAACCUGCUUUUAUUAAAUAGCUAUUAAAUCAGAUGAUUUUUCACUGUGUUAUACAAACUGCCCUAUAGUUUGCCUACUUGCUAACGUAACGGAUAGGCUUCUUUCAGCUAAUUGUAUUCGAUGCAUAACUUGCCAUCCCCUCUUGCCGUCCUUCGCCUUGCAAUAUGCAACAGCCAAAAGGUACGGCAACGCACCAUUAUCAGCAACAGCAACAGUUACAAAAGCAGAGCCCGUCCCGGCCGCGGCCCGCAUCGCUGCAGCUCAAGACACCGCAGGACUUCGAACUACGCCGGCCGGCCGAUGCCACCCUCAGUCAGACCAGCAUGCCACGCACCUCAUCCUUCGCUAGCCUCUCACAGUCUCAGAGCUCUUCGACCGCCCAGCUAAUCGACCAGUCAGACCAGUUCUUCAUCGUACCAGGUAUGGAUGGCGCGCUCAGUCGAGAGGAGUUCAGCAAGCUCACGCCGGGCGGUUCACCCGAAAAGGGCCGCCACUCCGAGGCCAGCUUCGCCGAGAUGGCUGCCGCGCGACAGUCGCUCUGCGAUCUCGCAGAAGUCGCACGCCGCAAAGAACAGGAGUGGAGAACACUGCAGGAGUUGCGCAUCAGAGGCCUGGAGGAUGCCGUCCAGGGUCGUGAGCAGUCCCUCCAGCAGGAGCGGCGGCGUUUCCAGCGCACUGUUGAAGAGCUGAAUGAACAGCGGCGCCAGCUGGAGCAGCAGCUGGGUGACAGCGGCGCUCGCGCACAGGAAGUCCAGCAGCUUCAGCGUCGUCUGGAGCAGGCGGAGCAGGCGUCACGGCGGCUGACGAAAGAACGGGACGAACUCAGCACAAAGCUCAACGACGUCAUCUCCAAGCAGCAGGCAGUAGAGGCAGCGUCACAAGAGCUACGUGAAGAGAAUGAAACCCAGGCUCACCAGUUGCGUCAGAUAGAAAAAGAGCUCGCAGCGGCGCGGCGCAAUGGAGACUGGCUCACGCGGCGUCUGGAGAAUGCAGAGCAGGAGCGGGAGAAGUCAGCAGAUGCUGAGCUACAGAUGAAAGUAGCCAUAGGGAAAAUGGAGGGAUAUCUGAAGGAGGAGGAGAGCACGUUGGAUACGGUGCGUGCCGAGCUCAACAACGCCCGUGAAGCGCGAGAGACGGUGGAGAUUGAGCUACGCACGGAAAAGGCGCGCUUGAAGGAGCACCAAGAGCGCGCCAAAAAGAUGGAGACUGAGUGGGAGGCGUCCCGAGUCGAGCUAGAAUCCAAACUGGCCGAUAAGUCGAAAAAGAUCGGUUUCUUGGUGCAGGGUAUCCGCACGCUCGAGUCUGACUGGAAGGAGCGGUAUGCGGAGCUGCAGCGAAACUCAGCCGCCGCUCUGGACGAGGUGGAACGCAGUCACGGAGCAGAACAGGAGCGGCUCCUGGGCCUGGUCAGGAGCGGUGAGGAGCGCGCGAGACAGGCGGCCGGUCAGGCGGCAGCCGCGCAGGCCGAGUGUCAGCGGCUGGAAGCUGAGCUGACGCAGGCCGCGGCAGCGGCAGCCUCGACCGGCCGCGAGCGUGCCGAGGAGCGACGUGAGGCUGCGCAGUUGCUGGCAGCUCGCGAGCUGAGUCUGGCGGAGCUGCGCGGUCGUCUGGAACGUCAGCAGCUGAGACUGGACGAGCUGAGCUCGCGCUCCGCCGAGGGACGACUAGAGGAGACACGCCGGCUGUUAGCUCAGUGGCAGGCGGCGGCCGGUCGACUCAGAGAAUACGCCGAGAAGGUGACGGGAGAGCGCGAUCGACUACAGCGAGCGCUACAAGCGAACUCUGGCGGCGAUAACGUUCAACAGCUGGAGAGGGACAACAGCCGACUGCGGACUCUGGUGAGCCGGCUUCGCGACGAGCUGGAUCGACAACAGCAACGGCCGACGGGGGCGGUGUCACCUCACUGUUCUAGCUGUAGUUCAGUAGACGACGCUCGCGCUCUUCAGCUACGUCAGCUGCUCAUCACAAACGCUAAACUAAAUGAGACAAUCGCAGCGCAGUGUGAGACAGUGCGAGCGGCGCAAUCUGAGCUAGAACGACACCGUGCAGCCGCACGAAGUACAGAGUUCCUGCGGCAGGAGACGGCCUAUUUGAGAAGUCUGUUAGACGGAGGGGAUACCACGGGUCAUACUGCCCCCACUGCUGCACUACCCAGCCCCAAGGAGAGUGAAGAUACCUCUCCAGCCACCGUGCGGGAGCUGAGGUAUAAACUACAACUAGCGGCACGAUACAUCGCCCACCUAGGCCGAGAGAGAACAGCAGCGCUCCAGCGGUUACAAGAGCUGGAACGUAGACUCGCGGCGGUGCAGAGGGCACCGUCCCUACCAGCAGAUCUAGACUGUCUCACAACGACGCGCGCUGGUUGCCUUACCAACCACGAUACAGCCAGCAGCUUCGCCGAACUUCUGCACCAGCUGAACAGUAUGCAGGUGGAAGCUGAGUCGAGUAGACCAGGCGGAGACGCCGCCGUCGCCGCUGACUGCGGUAGUCUAUGCGCCACUAGUACACAGACAGCCUGUCGACAUGUUCUCAACUCCGACUGUCGAAGACGUUGCUCUCUAACCGACGAACCCGAGCGUCGGGUACCUCGUCUGGUCGGACUGGGCGACUGUCGAACGCCGCGUCGGGCCGACGAGACUGCUGGGUCGUCCGACGAUCGCUCCUCUAGUGUCACAGCGGGUACGGGGGACGGUCCGUCGACGGGUGAACUGGAGCAGCGACAGGCAGGCGAGAUGGGAGGUCGGCACAAACGCAGUCGAUCAGUGCCGCAGAAACGACGUGGUGUGGGCAGGAAAAAGUAGCUGAUGGGGAUGGGAGAGAGCGGGCUCAAAAGUUACGGCCGAUGAUUUGAGUGGCAGAUGCGUGAAAGGAGAAGUGUGCAAGCUCAUGGAAAAGAUGAUGCAAGCUUAUCACCUACCUCAGUCGUGGUAUUUCUUGACUGAGUGUGCGUAUAGGAAUCCAACAACCGAAUGUGUGCGGGAUUGUAAUGUUGAAAGCUUAUUUAUUGCAUACAACAAACCAUGGUGCCAUUGUUCGUAAUUGUCGGUGAAAUAAUGCGCAUAACCAUAUUUAAUGAUCAAUGAUCAUACAACAUCAUAGCAAACGCUAACAAUCGAUGUUUCAACCAAUUCAACGUAUCCCAUGAUCUUGUUUUCAUCAAAAGAGGAAAGUGUGAUGCAUUUAUUGAGAAUCACAUCCAAUGUUAUGAAAAUGAUCAAUGAACAAAUAUUAGCCAUGAGUGACCAUGUAGAACGAAAUGUACAGAUCGUGAAAAUGAUCGCGUUGAAACGUGUUUUUCAUUUACGUUGAUAGUGUAGUUCCUGAGUGUUAGUGUUAACCGUUCAUCGAAACAUUUUUAAACACACCCAUGCCGCUCAGAUGUCAUAACAAAUGAAUGCUUAUAAAUAAU